GGGACUUUGUAGUACACGGACUGAACCGCCGCCCCAGAAACUUGGACAAAAACUAUGAAAAAGCCCGACCUAUGUGGAGGAUCAGCUGCUCGGGGGCCGUGUGUGCCCGGAGUCAGGCACAUUUGAGAGUUGGAUCUCAGUCCUAACACACAAUCUCCAGCAGCCAUGUCUGUGGAGGAGGAAAGUCGUCCUUUCGCUCAGCAGCUGUCCAAUGUCUACUUCACAAUCCUUUCACUUUUCUGCUUCAAACUCUUUGUGAAAAUCAGCCUUGCCAUCCUCAGUCACUUCUACAUUGUGAAAGGAAAUCGCAAGGAGGCCGCGAGGAUAGCAGCUGAGUUCUAUGGAGUGACCCAAGGGCAAGGUUCAUGGGCAGAUCGAUCACCUCUACAUGAAGCAGCAAGUCAAGGUCGUCUUCUUGCUUUGAAGACUUUACUAUCUCAGGGAUAUAAUGUAAAUACGGUGACAAUCGACCAUGUUACUCCAUUGCACGAAGCCUGUCUGGGAGAUCACGUCGCAUGUGCCAGGACUCUUCUCGAAGCUGGAGCCAACGUGAAUGCAACUACAAUCGAUGGUGUGACCCCAUUAUUCAAUGCAUGCUCCCGAGGAAGUGCCAAUUGUGUUGAGCUUCUGUUGGAGUACGGUGCCAAAGCUCAGCUAGAAUCAUGCCUUCCCUCACCGAUGCACGAGGCAGCCAGCAGAGGCCAUUGUGAAUGUCUAGAAUCUCUCAUAUCCUGGGGCAUAGAUGUUGACCAAGACAUUCCUCAUCUGGGAACUCCUCUGUAUGUGGCUUGUAUGGCACAGCAAUACCAUUGCAUCCAAAAACUUCUUUAUGCAGGUGCUGAUGUUCAAAAAGGCAAGUACUGGGACACUCCUUUACAUGCUGCUGCUCAGCAGUCCAGCUUAGAGAUUGUGGGUGCUCUGCUUGAAUUUGGGGCCGACAUCAAUGCUAAAAAUACAGAGCUCCAGCGGCCUGUGGAUGUAGCUACUCCCAGCAGCUUGGUAGAGAGGAUGUUGCUGCAGCAGGAAGCCACCCCAAGCUCUCUGUGCCAACUUUGCCGGCUGUCUAUUCGCAACUGCAUAGGAAGAGCAAGGCUACAUCUUGUUCCCCAGCUCCAGCUUCCAACGCUCCUUAAAGACUUCCUACAAUACCGAUAAAGCAGUAAACUCACCCUUGAUGAGUCAAAAAGCAAAUGCUGAUCUUUGUUCUCUAGAAUGCUGUAUGUUUCCUAUCCAGAUGCCCUGGGGGAUAAGGUAAAAUAAGGUGUGAGAGCCUUCAGGGAAGAUGUGUAGAUAGCUAUAGCUUAAUAUCUAUUAAUUAAUGUUGAAUUAUUUUGGUUGAUGUUAACCAUUCUUUAAAGGUAUUUUAUGUAUUGAGGCACCAUUUGUCUAGAUUUUAUUAGCUAGUCCAGAGAAUACCUUUGUUGGUGUAAAAAAAAAAUUUCUCUACCUUUCAUAUAAUCUAAUCUUUAAACAUAAACAGAAAUGCAAACUCUUAUAACUAUUCAAAUUACAUUACAUUGUAAGUUGUGAUCUAUAUUUCUUCAGAUGUCUGGUUAGUGGCUUAGUUGUAUCUACUGAAACUGUUUAUUGCAGUUUGUUUUUUUGUAUGACUAUAGGCUGUGAGUCAUGCUUUGGAAAGAAUAACAGGGAGAGAUCUUGGAUCUGAGUUGUACUGUAUUAAAGGAAAUUCCCUGUAUUAUUAUUUUUUUUUACUUUUUCAUUCUAAGAAACGUGUUGAAAAGGAAAGAUAAGAUAGCUUUCACUCUAAAGAAUCUAAAAGAGCCUAAAUGGGGCUUGUUAAAGAAGUAAAACAAUAGGUAUUGUUUAUCCAGGGUGGACAUGGCCUGAAAUACUAUCCUGGCCAGUAGAACUACCUGCUAGGAUCUCCAUGCCUGUCACUCACCUGUCACACCUCCUCCUUCUGAGGGACAGAUUACUGUAUUAGAGAUUUCUCCAUACUGUUUAUAUACAUCAGUUUAAGAACCCAGGAGCAGAUUUCAGGAAUUGUGAAGUAGAUGUGGUAAGCCAAGCAGGUAGGACUGACACCUGGUGAAAUUGAUUAAGAAGCUGUAAUGUACACUCCUCAGUCUCCAGGGGAUAGGCCAGUCCAGCACUGAAUAAAAUGCAGGAUACACCUUUUAUAAGAAUCUGGUGAAAAAUUACAUAGUUUUAAAAAGAAGUACCAGUAGAGUACUAAUAUAAGCUAAAGCAGUAUCAAAAUCUGUAACACUGUAUCCACACCUCAUUAAUGGUGUUUUGUUUUUGUUUACAAUAAAAGAUAGUGUUUGCUCUAUGUAUAGACAAUAAUGAAUGGAUGGGAUAGGGGUGGGAGAGAGGGGAGUGUUAUGAAUAUGGGGAUUACUUCUAUACCAGUGGUGCCUGCAAGGGUAAAUAUGACUGUAUUCAUGCCUUGA